AUGGCUGUUGCUGCCUUGUCGCUUUCAGCGCAGUCCGCAAACAAAAUCUAUUCGCUGAGGACUUCUCAGCCUGUUGUGGCGAGGGAAGUCAAGAGACCAAACACCAUGGAGCGCAGCUCAAAGACAUCACAUGUUGCCUCGGCCAACCUAGCUGAGCUCCGUAAGCAGUUGGGAGAGCCACUUGUUGCGUUUCUCGACAAGCUACCGUUUCACGAUGUCGCUCACCGGCAGGUUCACGAACCAAAAGCCAUAUCCUUCAUGCUAGAACUGGGCAGCAUUCCGAGCCGCUCGCCUGCCAAGCAAGAAAAAGUCUGGAUUGUACUCUUCCCACCAACUCAAGAUUCUCAAUCUAGAGUACAUUUCUAUUCAUGGGAAGCCGAGCCAGAAGAAUGGGUCAUUCAUGAUGGUCAAAACAUCUGUGCUGCAGUGACCGAUUACACUCCAGCCUUCAAGAUGUCCAAGAAACCGUCUAGGGCAAAAUGCACCGCGCUGGCAAAGUACUACUUCUUGAAGAUUCUCGCAAUCGAGGAGAACGAGAACGGCAUCUGCGAGCUGAAGUACCCCCUGCCUGUCAACAAGAGCUUCCUCAACGACUUAAAGUCGGCCUGCAGCGAAGUCAAGGACGAGAUCAAGGUUACGCCGUCUAGCAGGCAGUCACGCGCAUCAUCAGUUACACUGGUAAACACCCAGGACAGCGACAUGACUAUCGACGGGACUGUCUUGCCGGAGAGGCUCCAGAAGCAGACCCCGGCCCCGCGAGAGUCUAAUGUCCCCAUCGCACCUCAGGUGCCGAACAUGGUUGACAAGGGCGCCAUGGAAAUGUCAUAUGACGACGAUAUGCUCUCCGACCUGGCCGACCUCAACGAAAUGGAAAUGCAAAUCGAAGCCAAUACUGAAACGAUCAACGCCGAACUCCACAAACUCCGCCAGGAGCAUACUGCGAUGGAGCUAAGAUGCCGCGAGCUUGAGAGCCAGCGCAAAAAGAACGAGCAAGAAAGAGCUGACAUCUUGGCUCGGCGCAAGAUCUUGUUCCGUAGCUUGGACGUUGAGGCUGCAUUCGAAUUGGGUAGAAAGGUGGAGCGCUCGCAUAAUGCUAAGCGCCGCAGACUGGACUGA